CCCUUUUUUUUUUUUUUUUUUUUUUUUUAUUAAUUUUAAAUAAAACUUUUUGUUUUUUUUUUUAAAUUAAAAAUUUAUCCUUUUGUUUUUUUUUAAAUUGUUGUGAAAUUACGGUUUUAUCCGAAAAAAACGCCAUUUCCCUGAUGUAACAAAUACACCCCUAUUUUCUUAUUUUAAACCACUACCCUCCAAAAAAAAAUUAAAAUAAAAGGGGAAAAAUCUUUCGAGGUGAAAUAACAAUUAUACCCUUGAAAUAACGGACAGCGAUGAUGAACCACACGAGUCGUAGCGUGGUAACAGCCACACGAAAGCGCAAAGAUAGAGGAGAAUUAGAGAAUUCAUCCUUUUACAAUCACAAGGGUAGUUUUGGAAGUUCACACAAACCGCUUUUAGUGGGUAAUAAUAAUAAUAUUAACCACAACAGUACGACGUCGUCUUCACCAAGGAUGGUUGAACCGGGUUCGGGUUCGGGUCCGGUUUCAUCGAACCGGCUUUUGGCGGGUUACAUGGCCCAUGAGUUUCUAACCAAAGGGACCUUAUUCGGGCAGAAGUUUGACCCGGCCCGAGCCGAAGCUGUCCCUGUUCAGCCGCUGAGCCCAAAAGAAAGCCGGGUCAGACCGGGUUUGGGUCGGGUGGCAAACCGGAGCUAUGCUGACGUGGCGCAACUGUUGAAGGGUGAUGGGACCCAUAUUCCUGGAAUUGUCAACCCUACGCAACUCGCUCGGUGGAUCCAGAUGUGACCCGGUUGAUUGACCCGGAAACCCGAUAUCAGGAGGGUGUCCACGUGGAGGGUCUACAUUGGUCUGUGACGCUUUCUAAUGACACAGGCAGGUGAGGAAAAUUCAAAUUAACCCCCUACUCCCCUUUGAUGAACUUCAACAACACUAGUUCAGUGAGAUUCCGGUCGCCGGAAAAUGAUGACGUCAUUUCCCGGCAGUUUUUUUUACCCCUUUCUCUCUCCUCUGUUGUUAAUAUUAUAAGAAACAGAGAUGUAGGUUUUUUUUUUUGGUUAAUUUAAAUUAUAAGCUUGUUGUUUAAUCAAUGUUACAUUAUUUAUCUAUGUAAUGUACUAGUUAGUUUUUUUUUUGUUAUUAUUAUAAUUAAUUUUAUGUUAUUACA